UAAAGCCACAUGUCUCACACGGCGGCGAGGCUUUAAGAGGACGAGGUUCAGAGAAAGGGGAGCUCAGAGAGAGAGAGAGAGAGAGAGAGAGAGAGAGCAUCUGUGUUCACUUCAUCAUCAUCUUCAUCAUCCUCCUCCUCACUCAUUUGGAUUACUGAGGGUCUGGCAGACAGGUCGCAUUAUGGGAGGUAAGCUGAGCAAGAGGAAGAAGGGAUACGAUGUCAGUGACCCUAAACAGAAAAAAGAGGAGAGUGCUGUGGUAGCUACAGCUUCAACAGAGAAGAAAGCUGAAGCUCCUGAAGCAAACCAGGAUGGAGCUGCAGAGAUCAAAGCAGAGCAAGUGGCCCAAAGUGCUGCAGCUCCUUCUGAACCUCCAUCUAAAGCUCCAACUGAGCAGACUGCCUCACCAAAUGAGGAAGAAGUGAAGGAAAAGCCUGUGGAGGCUGCUGCUGCCACAGUGGAAGCUGCUUCUGCUCCACAGGCACUAGCACCUGCCCCAGAGGAACCUGCACCUGCAAAAGAGGAGCCCACACCAACCUCAGAAAAAACAGCAGCUGCCCCAGAGGAACCUACACCUGUCCCAGUGGAACCUGCACCCGCCUCAGAAGAACAAGUAGCUGCCCCUGCGGAACCUGCACUUAACCCAGAGGAACCUGCACCUGCCUCAGAACCGGCAGCUGCCCCAGAGAAACCUGCAUCUGCCUCAGAACCGGCAGCUGCCCCAGAGGAACCUGCACCUGCCUCAGAACCGGCAGCUGCCCCAGAGAAACCUGCAUCUGCCUUAGAACCGGCAGCUGGCCCAGAGGAACCUGCACCUGCAUCAGAACCUGCAGCUGCCCCAGAGGAACCCGCACCUGCCUCAGAACUGGUGUCUGCCCCAGAGCAACCCACACCUUCCUCAGAAAAACUAGCAGCUUCCCCAGAGGAACCUGCACCUGGCUCAACAGAACCAACAAUUGCCCCAGUGGAAUCUGCUCCUGUCUCUAAAGAACCACAAGCUGCCCCUGAGGAACCUGCAUCUGCCUCUGAAGAACCAGUAGCAGGCAAUAUGGAACUUGCACAUGCCUCUAAAGAACCAGUAGCUGCCUCUGUGGAAACUGCACCCGCCUCCGAAGAACCAGUAGCUGCCCCUGUGGAACCUGCACCUGCCUCUGAAGAACCAGUAGCUGCCAAUGUGGAAUCUGCUCCUGCCUCCAAAGAACCAACAGCUGCCCCUGUGGAAACUGCACAUUUCUCUGAAGAACCAGUAGCUGCCCCUGUGGAACCUGCUCCUGCCUUAGAAAAAAUGGUAGCUGCCCCUCUGCAAUCUACACCUGCCUCUGCAGAACCAAUAGCUGCCCCAGAGGAGACUACACCUGUAUUAGAAGAACCAGCAGCUGCCCCAGAGGACCUGGUACCUGGAUCAGAAGAACCAGAAACAAAUGAAUCAGUUGCUGACCCAGUGCAAGAUGCUCUAGAGGAACCACCCGUUGUACCUGAAGAGGCUGUUUCUGCCCCGGUGGAGGCUGCAGCUCCCUCAGAUGAAUCAGAGGAUCCACCAGCUCCCGUUGUAGCUGUUUCUACCCCAGUACAGUCUGUUGCUGCCCCAGAAGAACCUGCACCUUCCCCAGUAGAGACUGUUGCUGGCCUGGAGGAGUCUACAGUUGCACCAGAGGAACCAUCAGCUGUACAAGAAGAGACUGUUUCUGCCCCAGAGGAACCAUCAGUGGCAGUAGAGACUGCUUCUGCCCCACAGGAACCUGUAGCAGAGGAACCUGCUCCACAGGAACAAGCUGUUGCAACUGAGGAAUCACCAGCAACACUAGAGGUUGUUUCUGCCCCAGUAGAGGCUGUAGUUGUCUCUGAGGAACCUAUAGCUGCCACAGUGGAGGCUGUUACUACAUCACAAGAACCAUUACCAGAGGAGAGUAUAGCUGUUUCUGAGGUGGCUGUAAGUGCUCCAGAGGAACCUACAGAUUCAAAACAACAAGCAGCUCUUGAGGAAACAUCAGUUUACCCAGUGGAGCAUGUAGCUUCCUCAGAGCAGUUUGGAACUACACCAGAUGAGCCUGUUAUCACAACAGAAGAACCUGAAGCCGCUCAAGUGGAGCUUGCAGCAGAACAAGUAGUACAGGAAGCUGUCCAGGAGGUUUUAAAUGCCAUGGAAGUUAAGGAAGUACCAGCUGAGGUCACAGAACCUCCAGAGGUUUUGGAGCUAGAAGCAAAACCAGAGAUUUCUGAUCUUCUUCCUGUGUCUGAACCAAUUUCAGUAGCACCUUCUGCUCCAGAACCAGAAGCUAAAUCUGAAUCUGUUGCAGAUGUUGAGGAACCCAUUCCUGAAAUUGUCAUUUCAGAAUCCACUUCGGCCAACAAGAUCUUACCUGCAGAACCUUGCGGGGUUAUGGAGGAGAAGCUGGAAAAUGGAGAAUAUGAAAGCAAUGGAUCAGCAGAAGAACCUUCACCAGCAGUAGCUAGAGAAAAUGGAGUGUGUCAGGAGCAGGUGAUGGGAGAUGCUCCUGUAGAUGCUCCAGUAGAUGGCCCAGUAGAUUCUCCGGUAGCUGAUCUUCAUGGAAAGGAGUGUGUGAACGGCGUGGUGGCUGAACAGGAACUUAACUGUGAACUAAAAAAGGACUUAAACAUGGCUGGUGAUGUUGAGGACAUGGUGGAGUGUCUCAGUGCCGCAGUGAGCCAGGCUGUAGAUACGGCAUGAAAAUAAAACACAAACCCUUCACAUGUGAAUUCCAUCCAGAAGAAACAUAAUAAAGUCCUCCAACGAUGCAGGCUUCCUGAAAUAUAAUCAUCCAAACUGCCUUCACAGUGACUCAGGUGCAGCGAGUUUAGGGUUACAACCACUGAAGAACAAGCGAUGAAGAAUAGAGAGAAUUACUGAGAAUGAAAAAAAAAGAGAUGAAGAAAGAGAAAAGAAGAAGAAGAAGAGUGUAUUUUGCCAUGUUGUGAUUGGCACUGGCGAGCUUUAACUGCCUGAGCUGGUUAAAUAUAAAAACCAGGAAAAAUACGAACGUUGGUUAAACAACAACAACAACAAAAAAAAAAGCCACACUGGACAUUAACAAUGAAAAAAAAAAAACAAA